UCUUUACACUUUCAUCUCUUGUCACCGCUCGUCCCAGGGUCUGUUGUGGUUCCUCCUGCGCCACAGGCCUGAUGAUGGCAGCCGCUGAUUGCAUGGGCCUUUUGAUUGCGAGUUUUCGCCGUUUAACGACGGGCAGGGCUGACUGGGGUCUCUCCCUGUGUGUGUGUCUCUCUCCCUCUCUCCCUGUCUCUCACUCUCUCACUCUCUUACGCCCCAUCAACGCCACGAGGCCAAGCUUCUUACCACCCGCCCACAUCGCUGACCAUGGCGUUAGUCAGUCUAUAUUUCAAUUUAUUAUCAGUCGAAUCUUUGAAAUCAUCUACCUUCGAAUCGGCGCAAAAAGAGAGUGCCAGCAGUCACCGACCUACCUAUCCAAUGCGUCUACCCAGUUAACAUUUGAUUAUUCAUUCGUAAUAACUACGUGCAAUACGUAUCAAUGUUUGUGGGGAUACUUCGGAUUUACGCUGGUGGAAAUCCUCCUUCACUUUUUUUUUUUUUCCUUUUUUUUUUUUUUCCCCCUUUCCCUUCCUUCCCCGAUGGCAAGUGGAACUUGCCCCCCUUUUUGGGUAAGAGGCGAAGGCACCUAUCCAUCCAGACCUAAACCCAUUAUUACCUCCGUUUGCAAAUUCAAUCGUCUUUUCCGAGUCUUCCAUCCUGCGUGGUGUGGUGUCGGUUCCAAUAGUCUCGGCCACCAGCGUCAGCCGCCACGUUUUCCACCUUGUCGCUCUUCCAAGUCCCAACGGCCCCCCGAACUUUAGCUAGUCGUUCUAGACCUGCCAUGCUACCAACCCUUGGGACAGCGCAUAGAGGGCAAGAGAAAAAGAAGAAAAACGCAGAUAUAAGGGGCGCCGGGGACAUGUAUCAGGUGACGGCAUCGAACCAUUUCGCCUCCCUUGCGGCUUAAU